GGUAAAACUUCUUGAACCCUACAAUCCUAUUUGGAACGUUCCAGUCUGAUGCUAAAAAAGCGCCAAACUUCGCACGUUUUGUCAAGACGUCAACAACAAUGGCGUCUCGUGCUAAAGCAUCAGGUCGAGUGUCGAAGCGCAAGGCAGGCGCUGAUGUGGAUACGGUAGAGCAAACCGAAGUUGUAGACGGAAAGAAAAGCAAAGCAGAGCAGGAACCAGAGAACGUGACCGAAGGCCAGAGGGUGCUGAUCGAACACUGCAACAGCUGACGAGUGUACGGCCGGAACGCUGAGGGGGUGAAGGUGGCCCUCACAGCCGCUCAUCCGGAGCUCAAGGUGUUCCUCAACCCCCAGAAGCCCAGAAGGAACAGCUUUGAAAUCACCCUGGUAGAGGAGGGAGGGGAAGAGGUGUGCCUCUGGUCAGGGAUCAAGAAAGGCCCACCACGCAAGCUGAAGUUUCCGGAGCCUGAGGUGGUUGUAUCUGCUCUAGAAAAGGCUCUCAAGGUGGAUUAGACACAAAUGAAGGCUGUUAUCCAGGGGUUGGUGGCUGCAGGGUGUACUAUGAUGAGGGCUGACCAAUGGGGCUAAUCCCCCAGUCUCCCCUCUGAUGACCAGCUCCUAGCUCCCAGGACCUGGAUACACAGUGACAUCUAGUGGUUCUUGCUGUUUUCUGAGGUUUCAAUGUUUUAAAAGUUCACUGGUCUUCCAUUGCAUCUCAUUUGUAAUAGUUUCACAUGGUAAACAUUGUUUUUUCUGCACUGUUUUAUAUUGUAUAUGUUCAUGUUGAAAUAAACAGCUAAUUUUGUUGAUGCCUUUCACCUA